CCGGUGCGAUGGCAGUCCAGAUUGUGUGAUAGCUCUGACGAACGAGGCUGCGGUGUAGAAGAAAACGCUUGCAAGAAAAAUCACUUCAUGUGUGUCAAGAACAAAGCGUGUAUUCCCCUGCUGUGGAAAUGCGACAACGAAUCUGACUGUAUAGAUGGUUCCGACGAAUAUAACUGCUCUGUGGCCACCACAUGCUUGGAUCACCAGUACAGAUGUCGUAGUGGCAGAUGUAUCUCUCACGCAUUGGUGUGUGACGACUCUUUAGACUGUCCUGAUGGUGACGACGAGGAACAGUGCAGCACUCUGGCAUGCAUGUCUGAUCCAAAGCACUUUUUGUGCAAGUCCGGCACUUGCCUUCCUCGUGAAGCUGCGUGUGACGGCAAGGACGACUGUGGAGACGGCAGCGACGAGGGUGGCCGCUGUAACGAAACUUGCAAAAACUGCGCUUACAAUUGUGUGAAGACUCCGCUUGGUCCUCGCUGCUCUUGUCUCGACGGCUUUAAGAUAACCUCAAGUGGUUCCUGUGAAGAUGUGGACGAGUGUCAGGGUAACGUGAGUGUGUGCGACCAUUUCUGUAACAACUUGAAGGGUAGUUAUCAGUGCCAGUGUCAUCCCCAGUAUGAACUACAGCCUGACAAUGCAACUUGCAUAACUAAAAGCAAAGAACCAGCCUCCUUGUUUUUUGCCCAAGAGAAAGGAGUGAGGCUGCUGAGCUUGGACGAAUCUUUCUACAGGCAAAUAGUUACAAGCGAUGAAGUGAUUGUUGCACUGGCAUAUGACCCAGAAGACAAAAUAUUUUUGGAGCAGUCAGUCGGGGGUUUACAAAGUGUUGCUGGACAGUAAUAACCUGCCCCGGAUAGUGAUAAAUAAAGG